AUGGAGACUGCGCGUGCUCUUGUUGCUGAACUUGUUCUGGCUGUUGCAUAUACCCGUGCCCAAGGGUUUGUUAACGGAGGUAUGUCAGUCCAGUGGGAGCCCAUCAUGUGGCAAAGCUUUGACCGACUCUCUGUUGAGAAGCUCUAUGACAAGUUUGGUGAACCAGACACAGAACCGGUUAUGCGACUUGAUGGACAACCUCUUCCCGUUGACCUCCCUCUUCAUGGAACUGUGCCAGUAUGGCUAGGGAAGAAAGCAAAUAAGGUUGAGCUUUCCGAGGCCCAUCUCCUCCUUAGUGACUCUGGUGAAGCCUUCUCUCAUACUGAACCGCAGGCAGAAGUGACGUGGGGAUCAAUGCAGGGCACAUCUUUCUGUCUAACCAGGUGA